GUAAAACCUGACCUUCCAUGUAUAGUUUGAUGCAGAAAUUGGUUUUUUUCACUGAAGAGUUCAAGAAUAGCUGGUUUAGAUAUUGUAAUUGUAAAUCCAGGGUAAUUUGCGGCAGUGGCAAUUGAUGAAGUCUCCGGUUUGAUUAGUCAAACAUGAGAAAUCACGCUGCAGAAGCCACUGGGUAACCAUUUUACCACCAUUGGAUGCAAUGCGGAGUUUACAGUAGAUUGCUUGCAGAUUCACGGUCAGGGGGUUUCAAAACGGUAACAAAAUUAAUCUCAAAUCAUCAAAGGCGGUUCAUUCAUACAUUGUCAUACUGAAUCUCCCCUCUCCUUUUUUUUUUUUCUCUUCCUAUGUUCCCCUCGUUUUUUCAUUUUCUUCUCCUGCUCCCUGUGGGUCAACGUUUUCUUUUCGAGAUCUCUUCAUCUCUUUGAGGCACAGUGAUUGAAGACUGAAGCCAUUAUGGUAGGAUUCCAGACCUGGAGGGCUCGUGUUUGAGGAAAAUAUGAAGUAGAAAAAUACGCCUUCUCUGAGGAUUUUCCUGAAUUGGGUUUCGAUUCUUUGUUGCGUCCUUCCCUCCACCAGAAGUUUGAAGAUGCAGGAGGAUGAAAAUCUUGAAGAUCCUUCCGGUGAAGAAGCUGGGGAAGAGGAUGGACACAGGAGGGGGGUUUGUGAGUGUGUCUGCAUCCCCGUGCAUUGGUUUAAAAUGCUUUCGAGGGAAUUGCAUUGGAGUUUUGUAUUCGGUGUCGUCGUUGUGUAUGGAAUAAGUCAGGGACUAGGUGGAGCUCUCUCGAUCGUUGGAACAAAGUACUAUAUGAAAGAUGUUCAGAAGGUCCAGCCAUCUGAAGCACAGGUUUAUGCCGGAAUCACAUCCAUUCCUUGGAUUGUCAAGCCUCUUUGGGGUCUUCUCACUGAUGUUCUCCCAAUUUUUGGAUACCGCAGGCGACCUUACUUCGUAUUUGCUGGUUGCUUAGGGGUGAUCUCUAUGCUCCUGUUAUCUUUGCACAAGAACCUGCAUCUUGUUUUGGCUCUUUUGUCAUUGACAGCUGGAAGUGCUGGGGCGGCUAUAGCUGAUGUUACAAUUGAUGCCUGUGUGGCACAGAAUAGUAUCUCUCAUCCUUCUCUUGCUCCUGACAUGCAAAGCUUAUGUGCCUUCAGCUCUUCUAUUGGCGCACUAUUGGGAUUCUCCAUCAGUGGCAUCUUUGUUCACCUUAUAGGCCCUAUGGGAGUGUUUGGUUUGAUGACAAUCCCAGCAGGACUAGUUGUUUCGGUUGGAUUUGUACUUGAUGAGCCUCGUAUUCCCGACUUUGCAUACCGACAGGUCAACCAAAAGUUUGUUGAUGCUGGAAAAUCUAUGUGGACAACAUUAAAGAGUGAAGAUGUAUGGAGGCCUUGUUUAUACAUGUAUUUAUCUUUUGCUUUGAGCUUAAAUAUCUACGAAGGAAUGUUCUAUUGGUACACGGACUCAAAGGAUGGACCAUCUUUCUCUCAGGAGACUGUUGGUUUUAUGUAUUCAAUUGGUUCUGCGGGCUCCCUACUCGGCGCAAUACUAUACCAAUAUGCUCUGAAGGAUUAUGCAUUUCGAGACCUGCUCUUCUGGACUCAGCUGUUUUAUGGUUUGUCAGGCAUGUUAGAUUUGAUUCUGAUCUUGCGGUUGAACUUGAAAUUCGGCAUACCGGAUUAUUUCUUCGUCAUCAUUGUUGAAAGUGUAGCUCAAAUGACUUAUAGACUCAAGUGGAUGCCUAUGCUUGUGCUCAGCUCAAAGCUUUGUCCCUCAGGAAUUGAAGGCACAUUCUUUGCUCUGCUUAUGUCAAUUGAUAAUGCCGGGCUUCUCUCAUCCUCAUGGGGAGGAGGUUUCUUACUCCACAUUCUCAAGAUUACACGAACACGGUUUGAUAAUCUCUGGUUAGCUACUUUGAUCCGUAACAUAUUGAGAAUUACUCCUCUUUGCCUGCUAUUUUUGGUACCAAGGGCUGAUCCCAACUCGUCCAUUCUUCCUAGUGAAAGCUCAAGUACAAAAGAGCAUCUUGAAACUUCAGAACCCGAGAAUAUUGAAUUGGUCUCCCUCGUAAACAGCGUUGAUGGCAGGUAGCCAUGCAUAGAACAUUCUGAAUUUUUGUAUACAUGAAAACUAGCAAGCAUAUUAUUGCUUGAUAGUUGAUAUUAUGCAGGGAUGUGGAAUGAAAUUGAGGAAAGCUGUAGAGUGGUGCUUUUGAUGUGUGUU